GUGAAGAUCGCCAACAUCAGCCGAGAUGAAGAGUCAGUCUGCAGGGAGCUGAAGUUUCUCCAGCAGUUCGGCGGCCACAAUAACAUCGCCUCUUACUAUGGAGCCUACUACAGGGCUCCACUCACGGAGUGCUCAUCGGAGCUCUUGGAAAUUGUUCUCGAGUACUGUGGUGGAGGCUCUCUCCAUAACCUCAUCCACAAGACCAAUGGCCAAUCCCUGAAGGAGACCUGGAUCGGCUAUGUCUGCAAGGAGGUUUUAAAGGGGCUGCACCACAUCCACAAGAACCGGGCCGUUCAUAGAGACAUCAAGAGCCUGAACAUCAUGCUCACAGAGACGGCCAGAGUCAAGAUCAUCGACUUUGGAAACAGCUGGAACCUGGACCCGCAGACAGGAUUGUGCCAUGAAGCAGACGGGACUGCACAUUGGAUGGCACCCGAGGCCAUAAGGCAGAAGGGCCAGCGCCUGGCGUACGACACCAAAUGUGACAUCUGGUCGCUGGGGAUAACCGCCAUCGAAAUGGCCGAAGGAAAACCACCAUAUGCAGAUAUAUACCCUGUGGAGCAGCUGAUUAGAGAAGCCCAACCACCGAAGCUUCAAUCAGACAGAUGGUCACAACGUUUUGUGUCCUUCUUGGAUUCCUGUCUGAAGAAGGAUCCUUCAGAGAGAGGGAGUGCUGAAGAACUCCUGCAGCACCCAUUCAUCACCCAACUGACACCUAAGAAGAUCAUCAGGGCUGAGAUUGGAGAACAUCUCCGGACUCUGCAGAACCGGCCGGCCAAGAAAGGUGAGGGAAUCCAUUAUAUUUGAUACGACUGCACCAUCACACAGUGUAACAUCUGCAAGAGUUGGUUUUAUUAUAAUGGCACUGGGAA